AUGGGCAUGAGACUGGGAUCUGUUUGGUGCCUAACAAUGGCAGCACGUACAGGCCACAUGACACCAGCAAAGGCACCAAACCCGCCUCGUCCGUCCCAUAGUGUCAAAGCAUCUGAGUGGUCGAGAUGCAUGCUUGUCCUCCGGGAGGCCCGACGGCACGGAGAAUUACUGGAGGACAGCGCAUGCUAUACAUCAUCUGGAUCUCUCGAGCUCGAGUUUCCAUCAAACGACUGCCGAUCUCGGGCAACAUCUCUUGCAAACCGUAAUUGGUUCCGUUUCCAUUGUAGUCGGUGCCAAUUCUCCACGAUGCCGCAUCACCCCCAGUCCUGGAUUCUGUCUUCCGCGUGUGGGCACCGUGGCGAAACUGGCACCGUGGCAACUUCUGUCGACCGUUCUUGA